AUGCCACCCACAAAACAAGAACUCUCUCUCCUCAUCAACCCCCUCGUCCCGGAAUCUCUCCAACACAACAACAGGACAUUAUCUUCAUUACACUCCCUAACCUCCUUCCUCCUCGGCCUCACAGCCGGAAUCCUCUCCCUGCAAUCCGCCACCGGAUUCCUCUUCUACCUCCUCGGCACGGUCUUCGUGUCCGCGCUGUUCCACGCCCUGCUACUCUAUCGCUCCGGGGGAUUAGGCGCGGGGAUGUAUUUUGCGGGUGCGAAUGGGGAAGUUGAGGGGAUGGAUGAGAGGGGUGUGGUCAGUGGUAAGGGUACUAAGGGAGGUGGUAUGUUGAGACGCGCAGCCUGGAGGGACGUUUGGUUUGGGGGUGGUGUGCUGGGUGAGGCGCUGAGUGGGUUUAUCUUGGGGUGGGCGGGUGUUGGGGGGGUUUUGAGGUGA